GUUAUAGGGUUGUUGCGUUCUGCGUUGCUUUUGCUUGUGUAUUAUCGGUGUAUUAUUCUGCUGAGACUGGUGGCGAGUAGGCAUGUCGUGAAUUGAAAUAUUUGAUGUUUUAGGGAAAAUGUUGUCACAAUUACGUUAAAAACGUCGUUUAAUGUUUUGUAGGAUGUUUUUGAGUUGUAGGGUUACACUGGAAUUAGUAGUUCCAUUGUAGAUUGUGUUGUGUUAAUGUGGUUUGUUUUACCGGUGAAAUGGCUUUUGCGGGUAAUCUUGUGCCCGACGCUAUUAGUAUCGAUGAGGGUAAUCAAAUCCCCCAGGACAUAUUUACAAAAAUUGAACGAUACAUGAAAACAAUUGUUGAGACCAAUUGCGCCUUACGUGAUACAUGGCGUUCCAAGGAAGAACAGUAUGAGAACAAGAUCUCGGGCUACGAGCGGGACCUGGCCGAGGGCCUGGGAGCGGUGGCAGUGGAGCGGGAGAAGCAGCGCGAGUGGCAGGCAGCGUUGCGCGAGACUGAGGCGCAGUUGGAGCUGUCGAGGAGCGAGCUGUCGGCUGAGCAGCAGCGCAGGAAAGAGCUGGAGGCAGAGGCCCGGGAGCUGCGAAACACGGAGGCAGCGGCACGGCAGGAGGGCGCGGCGCUGCAGGGGGCGCUGGCGCUGGCCGGCGCGGACGUGAGGCGCCUGGAGGAGCGCUGCAAGGGGCUGAGCGUGGACCUGCAGCGAGCGGCGGACGCUAAGUACGAGGCGCUGGCCAAGAGCCGCGAACAGAGACACGCGGCGGAGGCCCUCGGCGAGAGGCAGGACCGGCUGGAGCUGCAGCUGCUGGCGCUGCGCAGACACAACAAGGACCUGGCCGGCUGCGCGGGCAGGUACCGCGCCGACCUGGCCAGCGCGCGCCGCGACUACAGCGACAAGCUGACCGCGCUCGAGGCACAGCUGCUGGCACGGACCGACGAGUGCGCGAGGCAGACCCGCGCCGCGGACGGCCUGCGGACCUCGCUGGGCGCCGCAGAGGACAUGGUGCAGAAGCUGGGGGCACGGCUCAACGCGCAGCAGCAGGCGCAGGUCGGCAUGAAGGAGGGCUUCGCCAAGGAGCUGCGAGCCGUCACCGAGGUCAUGAACAUCUACAAGCGCCUGAGCGAGGAGGGCGAGGGCACCAUGGACGAGGUGCUGGCCAGGGCCCGGGAGAUGAGCCAGGAGCUGGAGGCUGCCGUCGGCAAGUGCGUGUCCGCAGAGGAGAAGCAGGCGCGCUCCGAGGCCGAGCUCAGGCGACAGUUGUCCGAGAAGGACCGGUGCAUCGCCGGCAAGGAGCAGGAGUUGAAGGCGACCUACGAGCUCGUCGCCGCGACCGUCAAACAGGAGGUGACUGAGGCCGUGGAGGGAACGCCGGCGGAGUCGGAGCUGCGUCGCCAGCUGCGCGACUGUGGCUCGGUGGCCAACUUCAUCCAGCACUGCGCCGGCCUCUCCGAGAAAGUGCGCACUCUGAAGCAAGAGAACAAAUACCACCUGAUGUUUCGGCAGAAACUCUUGGAGGAGGUGGAGGCGCGGGCCCCGCUGCUGAGGAAGCAGCGCGAGGACUGCGAGCGGGCCCUGGGCGCCGUGCUGGACCAGUCUCAGCAGCUGGACGCGCUGGGCCAGGAGGCGCGGCAGUCUCGCGACCGGGAGGCGCGGCUGCAGGAGCAGGUGUCCCGCCUCGACCGGGAGAACUACUGCCUGCGCUCGCAGGCGGCGGACCUGGGCAAGCAGGUGUGCCACCUGCUGCGUGAAGUGGAGCUGGCUCGCGCGGGCAAGUCCAGUUCCCCCGAGGAAUUAUCGGAAAAUUUGGUGGUUUUUGGAAACGUAGAAGAACUGCAAGAGAAAAAUCGGAAGCUCCUAGAAAUGUUUGCGGAGCUGAACAUGACGGUGGAGAGUGCGGGAGAGGCAGAUGGUGCAGCAGCCUCGGAGGAGAGCGUGUCGGUGGCGUCCCAGCUGCAGGACUUGCGGGAGGAACUGGAGGGCUACAAGUCGCAGGCCAGGAGCCUGGUCGCGCAGCGGGACGCCUUCCGCCGGCUGUACGAGCGGCAGGUGUACGGGAGGCGCCCGCCCCCCGUCGAGGAGGCCCCGGCUGGCUGCAGCGUUGAGGAGCUGACGGAGCAGCUGGCGGUCAAGGACCGGGAGCUGGAGGCCCUGCGCGUGGCGUCUGUGUCACUGGAGCGGGCGCGAGAGGCGGGCGAGCACGCCGCGCGGCAGGAGCGGGCGCGGCUGCUGGAGGAGCUGGGCGCGGCCGGCGACCGGGCGGCGCGCCUGGACGGCCAGCUGCAGGUGUGCAGGCAGCAGCUGCAGCGCCAGGAGGAGACGCUGAGCGCCGCCCGGCAGCGCGCGACCUCGCUCGAGGUCCAGAACAGCUCCUACUGCAGCCGCGCGGCCGAUGACCAGCGCGCCAUCAAGUACUUCAAGGAGGCGGCGCAGAAGGCGGCGCAGCAGCAGGAGCUGGCGGAGCGGCAGCGCGGGGACGUGGAGGCACGGGACGCCGCGCAGGGCGAAGGGGACGGCCCGUCCCGUCAGGCGCAGCGCCUCCAGGAGCUGCUGGAGCGCCUGGAGGCGGCCGGCACGGCCCUGCAGCACCGCGAGGAGGCCCGGGGGGCCGGCCCCAUGGAGCAGCUCAACAAGGCCUACCAGGAGUGCCUGGCCCUCUCCCGCCACCUCCAGGCGGAGCGACGGCUGUUCGAGGAGGAGCGGGCCCGGCUGCUGACGGACCUGGACGGGAGCCUCAAGAAGCUGCUGGCGGAGAGAGAGCGGCGCGGCAUGCUGGAGACUCAGCUCAAGGCCGCGCUCGGGGAGGUGGAGGGGAGGAGCCGCGAGGUGGCGGAGCUCGGCAAGCUGCUGGCCGAGAGCAGGCUGGCGUCGCGACCGGCCGCGCAGUCCCCGCCCGUGUUCUCCGGCACGCCCGAGGUGGACGGCUGGCGGCGCCGUGCCGAGGAGCUGGAGGCACAGCUGGGCCAAGAGCGCGGCGAGACGGACCUCCUGCAGCAGCGCCUGGAAGACGCGCAGGGACGCGCCACCACCUUCAGCGACAUGAGCGAGCGCUUCGAGCGCCAGUGGCAGGAAGAGGCCGACAAGCGGCGCUCCGCCUGGGAGCUCUACGAUCACCAGCUGUCGGAGGCCAGGCAGGUGGAGGCUGGUCUGAGGGCGGAGGUGGCGGAGCUGAGCGACGCGGUGGACCGGCUGACGGGCGACGGCUCCGAGCCCGUCGUGCAGCUCCAGGAACAGCUGAGGGUCACGCAGCAAGAGAGGGACGCGCUGCGCACGGAGCUGCAGUCCGUCCAAGCGCUCAGGGACACUCUCCAGGACAUGGAGGAGAAGUUGCACCGAGAGGAGUUGGCCCACGCCACCGACAACCAGGCGGUGGCACGGCUGAAGGAGGAGCUGGCGGCGGCCUCGGGCCAGCUGGCGACCCUGGCCGCGGAGAAGCAGGCCGCCGAGACGGCGCUGGCCGGCCGGAGCGAGCAGUGGGCCCGGGAGAAGGCGGAGGUGAUGCAGGACCUGAGCGGGCUCCAGGAGCGACUGUCGGAGCUGGAGGGGCAGAACGCUCUCCUGCACGACCAGUUGGAGGCCCUCAGCGCCCGCGCCUCCGCCUCCGCCUCCGCGUCCGUCCGCAAGCCGCAGGACGCGCGGGGAACGGCGCCGGCCGGCCCCUCGACCUCCGGCGGCAGCGCGGACGUGGAGGAGGCGCGGUCCAGAGCGGAGCUCAUGAAGAUCAUCAAGUUCCUGCGCAAGGAGAAGAAGGCGCUGGCCGGCAAGCUGUCAGAGGCGCGCGGUGAGGUCGCGCGGGCCACCGUGCGGCUGGAGGAGUUGCAGAGGCAGAGCCGUGCCGCGGCGCAGAGCGGCACAGAGGGGCAGGCCACCGCUGCGUGCGAGCAGGAGGAGCGCAUCAAGAAGGCGGAGCUGCUGUGCGCCGUGCAGGAGAGCAACGGCGCGCUGCGGGCCGAGCGGGACGCGCUGGCCGAGCGCGCGGACGGGCUGGCCGGCCAGCUGGAGCGCGCGGCACGGGAGCUGGGGCCCCUGCGCGCGGCACAGCGCGGGCUGCAGCAGCAGGUGGAGCAGCUGGCCGUGGAGGGCCGUGCUGCCCGCGAGGAGGCCGCUCGCCUGCGCCGGCAGUACGCACGGCUAGUGGACUCCACGGCCCGCGCCAACCAGCAGGAGCGCGAGGCGCUGGGCAGGCGGCUCGCCGCCGAGACCGCCGCGCUGGGGCACGCGCGCGAGGAGCUGGCUGCUCUGAGGGAGCAGGUGGAGGAGUUGGAGCGCCAGCACGCAGAGGAAGUGCAGGAGCUGCGCGGACAGAUGGCGGCCUCCCAGCAGCGCAACCUGCACGUCACCAAGAAGCUGAGUGACUGUCGGAGCGAGCUUGCCGAGAACAACUGCGUCAUCGACUCCCUCAGGGAGAAACUCAGCGCCAAAGAGAUGCAGCUCGGGGAAAUGCUCAGAAAGGAACGGCAGCUGGAGGAGGCCAGAAGGAAAGGAGAGGAGCAGAAGAUGGCAGAUGAGCAGACGAGGCUGGAGGAACAAAAGAAGGAGCAAGCAUCAAGGCUGCAAGAAGAGACGAAGGAGGAGAAAGAGAUGGGACUGGAGGAACAAAAGAAAGAGCAAGCAACAAGGCUGCAAGAAGAGACGAAGGAGGAGGAAGAGACGGCGCUGGAGGAACCGGGGAAGGCAGUGGCCGCAGCAGCGCGGGCAGACGACGGUCUCGCUGGGAGUGUGUCGCUCCAGGAAGUCGCCCCACAGAGCACCGAGCAGAGCGAACGUCCAGAGUCCCCGGGACUGGCGCGACAGAGGGACCCCGACACGGAGUCCACGCCGACCUCGCAGCGCGCGUCGCCCGAGCUGUUGGGGCCCUCCGCCACCCCGGCCGCUGAGAGCCAGCAGGUGAUGGAGGUGGAGUGUUCGGAGGUCGCGGAGCCGGUGGUCUCGUCCCGGAGCCCCGCCCUGAUCUCUGCGGAGGUGGUCGGCCCCUCGUCGGGCGUGAAGCGGCCUCGUGAAGAUGACGACCGCCGCUCCUCGGAUCCCGAGCUCGGAGGAGAGGCAGUGCUGCAGGUGAAGCGCAGCUGCGUCGUCGAGGCAGAGAGCUGUGAAGCCCUGCCCUCGCAGGAAGUCCCCCGGACGGAACUGCAGUCGGCAGAGUCGGAGCUUGCAGGGGGAGGUGUGCCAGAUGGUUCUGUGCAGGCGGAGGGUGUUGGCAGCAUUGCUCCGGGACGGGACGGCAGCGACCAAUCAGCAGGCACUGCAGCUCCGGAGGCCGUCGUGGUGGGGGAACACAAGGUGGAGGGGCAGGGGGCCGGGAGCCGGAGGCAGGACUCUGCGGGCACAGCUAGCCCCUCUCCGCCGCCAGCGUCUGGUGCCGAAGACAUCUCCACAGUUGUGCGGCGUAGUACCCCGACGAGGCCGCAAGCCUGCUACCCGGGCGCUGGGAGCAACCCACCACCAACACUGCUUCUAGACUGUGCUUGUAUGUUAGCGCCCAAGUGCGGGCAGCUGUGUCCCCUGCGGCAUGGUGGCGGGGAGGUAGCAUUUCUUCCCCUCCCUACACUGCUCUCUCUCUCUCUCUCCUCAGUGGUUAUUUUACACCCGGCCAAGUAGACGCGCAAGUCGUGAUUUCCAGUUUUCUCCCAGUCGCCUACUCUCGCUUUAUCACCUCUCGGAAUUUGACACUAUUUGUUUCAACUAGGGAUGGAUCGCUACCGGUUCUCGGUUCCUACGGUUCUCAGCAUUUUAACGGGCACCGAGAACCGCAGCUAAAAUGUUGGUGCCGGUACCGGUACCGGCAGUAUAGCAAAACCCUAUACGAAAAUAAUCCUUCACUAACACUUUACUGCAGCAUGAAAUGGCUCAACUCACGUCCAAUUCACAUAUUAAUUAUUUUUUUGGGCUUCUGUGGAAUAAUAUUCAUCUCUAACUAUAAAAUAAAUUACACGUGAAAAUAUUUAAUGUUCUCGUCACAUCUGUAAACAAAGUACGUUUUUCAAUCAAAACAUAACAGUUGAAGGUGCCAUAGAUGUAGUUCAUAGAUGUGUGCAACUGUAUAACGUGCCGCAGCAGAAAGAUGAGAACAGAAAGACACCAUGUAUGUUUCAAUGGUUUUUAAAAUAGGCAGCUAAUUUAGUCGUUGACACGUAAGUAUGAGUGACUGGUGUGCAAACAACAAUUAAAAGUGCAAAAGUAUAUUUGUUUAAUAGAAUUGAUGAUUGAUUUCAAAUAUUUCCGUAAUAAUUUUCGGCAUUCUAACAUUUUAUGCUAUUUGUGCAGUGCUGUGGAGUGUAAGUUCACUGCAUCUUCAGCCAUCUAGCGGAAUGCCUAGUAACUUUCUCUUUUAGGCAAACGGGAUUGCUUUGAAAGUGGAACGUCUGGUGUGGUAAUAGCGUUGACGAAGAUCCCGCGGACACGUGAUAAAAUAUGUUUUUUUUUUUUUUUUUUGUGCAAAGUGGUUACGGAUGGUAGAUGUAUUUUACUAUUGACUGGACAAACGAAAUGCUUGUUGACACUUGUAAGGUAUAAUUAUUCCAGCAAAACAGUACAAAUUGUGUAAGAAAUGUCAUCAGAAGUGUGGCAGUAAUUGACUUGACUGCAAACAAACUGAAUUUGAUGUAGACAAUUUACUAUAAAGUUCACCAUCAAUUUAAUUUAUUUCCAUUAUUGUAAUAUUUUCUUUUGAAUUCCUAUGUUUUAAAGGAGGGUGUAUGUAGCUUUUUUGAGAUAAUUGCUAGAUUAAUAUAGUACCUAAAUUUUAGUUUUAUUAAGGGUUCUCUAUAUUAUUUAGAAUUAUUUCUCACUAAUACAUAUUACAUUUGCAAUAGGUUGGUGUGUUUGUUGUAGCUUGAAAACUGUACUAAAUAAACCUUUUAAUUUUUUUUUGAUAGCCUCUUUAAAGACUGAAAGAUUAUGCCAAUGCAUUUUAUUGUAAGCAUACAACAAAUACAAAUAAAUUAUUAUUUUUCAGUGUUAUAAACAAUAAAUUGUUGAGGAUGGAAGUCUAGAUACAGGCUUUUUAGUGUUUAAUUUUGUAGCCGAAACAAUAAAUAGUUUAUUACUUGAAACACCUCAUAAA